ACGUGCUCCACUAGCCGGAAGGAGUCGCUACACGAGGUAGUUGGAGUGAGAAGCAGAGGCUAGUAGUCGGUGCUGUGGUAAGUGCAAUGCCCAAAGCCAAGGGAAAGACUCGGAGGCAGAAGUUCGGUUAUAAUGUUAACCGGAAGCGUCUGAACCGGAAUGCUAGACGGAAGGCAGCGCCGCGGAUCGAAUGCUCACACAUCCGACAUGCCUGGGACCAGACCAAAUCGGUGCGGCAGAACCUGGCCGAGAUGGGUUUGGCUAUGGACCCCAACAGGGCAGUGCCCCUUCUUAAGAGAAAGGUAAAGGCCAUGGAAGUGGAUGUAGAGGAGAGGCCUAAGGAGCUUGUGCGGAAGCCGUAUGUGCUUAAUGACCUGGAGGCAGAAGCCAGCCUUCCAGAAAAGAAAGGAAACACACUGUCGCGAGAUCUCAUUGACUAUGUUCGCUACAUGGUGGAGAACCAUGGGGAGAACUAUAAGGCUAUGGCACGGGAUGAGAAGAAUUACUAUCAAGAUACCCCAAAACAGAUUCGGAAUAAGAUCAACGUGUACAAGCGUUUUUACCCAGCAGAGUGGCAAGCCUUCACUGAUUCUUUGCAAAAGAAUAAAAUGGAGGUUGAGUGACUGGUUUAUGCCUGCCCCAGGAUGAGGCUUCCUCCUGGACCAGAGAAGCAAGGAGGGGUGUGCAUCUACACAUGAGGCCGGCCAAACCCCAUGGAAUCAAAAGGUUACAAUGCAUGUGCGCGCGCGCACACAGACACACACAAUCUCUCUCACGUUUCACUUUGGA